GAAUCGUUACUCAGGGACACAGAAUCGUUACUCAGGGACACAGAAUUGUUACUCAGGGACACAGAAUCGUUACUGAGGGACACAGAAUCGUUACUGAGGGACACAGAAUUGUUACUGAGGGACACAGAAUUGUUACUCAGGGACACAGAAUUGUUACUCAGGGACAGACACAGAAUUGUUACUCAGGGACACAGAAUUGUUACUCAGGGACACAUAAUCGUUACUGAGGGACACAGAAUUGUUACUCAGGGACACAGAAUUGUUACUCAGGGACAGACACAGAAUUGUUACUCAGGGACACAGAAUUGUUACUCAGGGACACAGAAUUGUUACUGAGGGACACAGAAUCAAUCAUUGAAUUAAAGAGUAUGUCAGACAACACGCAGAGGAGUGGCAGAGAGGAGGCAAUGUUUCAGGAGCGAGCAGACGUGGCAGCAGAGGAAGGGGUCGAGGCAGC